UACGUCCAGUAGUCACAGCGAAAGACGGAUUCUCAUUCGUUUUGGACUUUCUAAGGCACCGUACGCAUUUGUUUCAGUACGCAUGCGCAUGACAUUUUGAACAAAUAGCUAUUGCUGUUAAUUUAUGAAUAAAACGAAACUACAAUGUCAGAGAAAACCGGAGACGUCGAUUUAACCGGCGCUAAACUAAAUACUGGUGUCUGGCUUGUAAAGGUGCCAAAGUAUCUCUCGCAUCAAUGGGCAAAAGCCACAGGAAGAGGCGAAGUUGGGAAACUCAGAAUUUCAAAGAAAGGAAAUCAAGGGAAACCAGAGGUGUCUUUUACACUAAAUGAAGAGUUGACUGUAAUUGAGGGUAUAGACGACAAGUCAGUGUCUGCUCCUCGGGAACACCCGCUGACAAUGCAGACAGUGGGAGGACAGACGUUGGCGGUGUUCACAGAGACGGCACCUGGCCAGUCAGAAGAGCGAUCUGAUGGUUGCAGCUCAGUUUCGGGGGCAGGGGCUGGUCCAGAUAAAAUUGCCUUGGAAGGAGUUGUGGUGCAGCGAGCAGAUUGUAGGCCAGCUGUAAGUGAGAACUAUAUGAAGCUGAAAAGGUUACAAAUUGAAGAGUCCACCAAGCCAGUCCGGCUUUCACAGCAGCUGGCUAAAGCUGUCACUAACAACUACAAACCUGUGGCAAACCAUGCAUACAAUAUGGAAUAUGAGAGGAAAAAGAAAGAGGAAGGCAAGCGAGCAAGAGCUGACAAACAGCAAGUGUUGGACAUGUUGUUUUCUGCUUUUGAGAAACACCAAUACUACAACAUCAAAGACCUGGUGGACAUAACCAAACAGCCUGUGAUUUAUCUGAAAGAAAUCCUCCGCGACAUUGGCAUAUACAAUGUGAAGGGGACACACAAAAACACUUGGGAGCUCAAGCCUGAGUAUCGACAUUAUCAAAGCGAGGAAAAAACAGAUGAGUAGGACAGGUUUAACGUUUGGUUGGAUGGAGCCAACCCAAUCACCGUGAGGUUUUGUUCUAAAGCACAAUGACUCUUGACACCUCCAAAGGAUUUUUGAGGUUUAUAUCCUUUGCGCUUUUUCUGGAAGUUUGCACGAGACAAACUAAAUACCCCUGGUCUUUUUCUUUUCAUGUUGAAAAGUUUUAAUGGCAUAUUUUUAAAGUCAAUACAACAUGCUUUUGUGCUUUGCAUUUUUUUGUUUCAUGGAACUUUAGACAGGCUACGCCCAACAAAUAAAUAUGCUUUUAAUUCCAUUUCA